CAAGUACGUGAACCUCCUAGGAAAUACCGAGCUGCCUGAUGGUGGUCACUUCAUCGCGCUGGAGAAGCCUGAUGUGUUCAGCCAAGAUGUGUUUAAGGCUGUGAAGGAGUUUGUGAAACAUCGAGAAGGCAAUGUCGCGUUGCUGGUCAUGUCUCCUCAUCACGCCACUCGUACUAAUCGGCCUAGUCUCAUUCUACUUCGUCUAUGUGUUCUACUUGAUGAGUCCACCUCCCCUACCGACCUUGGAUCUUGAGGAGUGGUGGGGACCGACGGAGUCGAGGGUGCAGGAUACCAGUGUCAGGCCGUUUACGAUUCGUUUUGAGGAUGCGAUGAUAAAAGACCUUAAGCACCGUCUCAAGAACCACCGCCCCUGGACCCCUGGUCUCCAAGGCGUCGGGUUCCAAUACGGAUUCAACCAUGAUCAGUUGCCAGGCUGGAUAAACUACUGGGCAGAACAGUACAAUUUUACUGAACGAGAGAAGUUUCUGAAUCAGUUCCCGCAAUACAAAACCAAUAUACAGGGGCUGGAUGUACACUUCAUCAGAGUUAAGCCUAAGGUUCCAGAGGGCACAGAGACAGUUCCAAUGCUGUUCAUGCACGGCUGGCCAGGAUCAGUCAGGGAGUUCUACGAGGCACUGCCUCUCCUGACUGCCACCAGCAAGGACCGGGACUUCGCCAUCGAAGCCAUCAUACCCAGCUUGCCCGGUUAUGGCUUUUCUGAUGCUUCAGUAAGGCCAGGGCUAGGAGCAGCUCAGGUCGCUAUAGUGCUGCGUAACCUGAUGAGGAGGCUGGGUUUCAAGACCUUCUACAUCCAGGGCGGGGAUUGGGGCGCCUUCAUCGGAGCGGAGAUGGCCACUAUUUUUCCCGAGGAAAUUCUUGGCUUCCACAACAACCUGCCAGUAGCCUCAUCAUCCAAAGCCAAUCUGCUGACACUUCUGGGCUCCUUGUAUCCUCCUCUGAUCGUGGACUCCCAUCUUCAGGACCGCAUGUAUCCCCUUUCUAAAGCAAUUGCGUAUCAGCUUCAGGAGUUCGGGUACUCGCAUAUACAGGCCACGAAGCCUGAUACUUUGGGAGUAGGCCUCUCAGACUCACCCACCGGCCUCCUGGCCUACAUCCUCGAGAAGUUCUCCACCUGGACUCUUACCGAGUACCGCGACGAGUCCGACGGAGGCCUCGGCAUGUGGGACAAGGAUAAACUGCUGGAUAAUAUCAUGCUGUACUGGUCCAGUGGGUGCAUCACGAGUUCCAUGAGGUUCUAUGCUGAAAACAAUAAUCUUACGUAUUGGUCUUUGGGGCUUAGCGAAAUCCCCACACCGGUGCCCAUGUGGGGUCUGCAUGCUAAGAACGAGCUCGCGUACCAACCACCUGCCGUUCUGAGAUUCAAAUAUCCCAACUUGCUCCGCACUAAUCCGCUUGAGGUCGGAGGCCACUUCAUCGCCUUGGAGUUACCCGAGCUGUUCGCGAAAGAUGUCCUCAGAGCGGUGGCUGAAUUCCGAUCAUUGAGAUUAGCGCGUCCUUUCAAACAUGAACUGUAAACAACUGGCUUAGGACCACU